CGGGCCCUGCGGCUGGGACGCCGAGAGCCGGGUCAGCCUUCUCUUGUCUCCGGGUCCUGGGGGUCGUGGCGGGCCCCCGCGCGUCAGCUCCCCGCUCUCCACGUGCCCGGCCGGCGCGGCGCCCCAGCCCCGGGUGGAGCUGCCGUCAGAGAGAGACGCCAGAGUCUCCGCCCCGCGCCCCAGUGCCGGGCCGGGCGGUGCGCCUGCUUCCGCGGCAUUAAUCGUCUAAACUCCUGGCUUCCCUUGUGUCCACGUUAGGAGGAGGAUAGGUGAAUAUUAUUAAAGAUUUCUACUGUGUUCCUUCGCUGUACCUCAGGUGUUGCUGCUAAGUGCAGGUCCUUGGAUUAAAAAGUGAUGCCACCAAGAAGAAAUGAGAAAUACAAACUUCCUGUUCCACUUCCAGAAGGCAAGGUUCUGAAUGAUACAGAAGGAAAGCAAUGGGUACUGGGCAAGAUGAUUGACUCUGGAGGAUUUGGCUUGAUAUAUUUAGCUUUCUCCGCAAGUGAACCAGAUAAAGAUGCAAAACAUGUAAUAAAGGUGGAAUAUCAAGAAAAUGGCCCAUUAUUUUCAGAGCUUAAAUUUUAUCAAAGAGCUGCAAAAAAAGACAAUAUCAAAAAAUGGAUAAAACUCAAACAGCUUGAUUAUUUAGGAAUUCCUCUGUUUUAUGGAUCUGGUAUUACUGAAUUCAAGGGAAGAAGUUACAGAUUUAUGGUAAUGGAAAGACUAGGAAUAAAUUUGCAGAAGAUCUCAGACCAGAAUGGUACUUUUAAAAAGUCAACCGUCCUACAGCUAGGUGUCCGAAUGUUGGAUGUAUUGGAAUAUAUACAUGAAAAUGAAUAUGUCCAUGGUGAUAUAAAAGCAGCAAAUCUGCUUUUGGGUUACAGAAAUCCAGAUCGGGUUUAUCUUGCAGAUUAUGGACUUUCCUACAGAUAUUGUCCCGAUGGAAACCACAAACAGUAUCAGGAAAAUCCUAAAAAAGGCCAUAAUGGGACAAUAGAGUUUACUAGCUUGGAUGCCCACAAGGGAGUAGCCCUGUCCAGACGAAGUGACCUUGAAAUCCUCGGCUACUGCCUGCUGCGGUGGUUAUGUGGGAAACUGCCCUGGGAACGGAACCUGCAGGACCCCGUGGCUGUCCAGACUGCUAAAACAAAUCUGUUGGAUGAGCUCCCCGAGUCAGUGUUUAAAUGGGCUCCUUCUGGAAGCAGUUGCCAUGAAAUAGCCAAAUAUUUGGUAUGUGCUCAUAGUUUAGCAUAUGAUGAAAAGCCAGACUAUCAAAAGCUCAAGAAAAUCCUGAACCCAAGUGGAAUACCUUUAGGACCACUGGAGUUUUCUGCUGAAGGAGAGAGCUUAAAUGUGCGCCCUCCAAACAAUCAAAAAAUUUUCCUUAGUCAUCCCCCUGUUUCUGCUGACUCAUUUCUUCAUAAUUUGAAGGUUGAUUCACGAAAGGCUGCAAUAAAGCAAGUCAAUCAGAUGCAAAGUAGGUUAAUAAAAAAAAAAGGCCACCGUGAGAGAAGUGCUGAGUCCUGUGCAACAAGGAAAAAAGUGCAGAAAGAGAAGCUGAUUGGUUUGCUUAACAAUGAAACAGCUCAGGAAAGCAUAAGGAGAAGACAAAAAUAUUGUGAGUCUCAAGAAUUUCUGAAUGAAGUAAAAAGUUCUCCACAAAGAUCCAGCUGUAUACAAUUCCCAAAUUCCUCUUAUGAACCCCAUCAAGGUUUCACCAGUACAGAUGUGUUCAAGUCAAGCUGUCCAUCUUGGGACACAUAUACAUCUACAGCUGGUACAGAGGGCACAGAAUUAGAAAGUUCUACAGGAUUUUGGCCUAUGAUGUCCCAGUUUACUCUCAGUGAAGAGACAAAGGUAGAUAUAUGUUAUUAUGGCUUCACCAUUCUUUUUCUUUUGAUAUUAGUAUGUCUUGCUUUAUAUUUUCUCUGAAGAUAUUAAAUAAAAUCCUUUUGCUAAUAUAA